AUCACCUCCGGUGCUUGAUUCUCUCCAGACGUCUCGACACGUCCACACAACCCUCCAAGCAGUCCUUGCUUGCCGUCCAUCAAAGUCUCCCAAAGCUAGCAGAGUAACCCAGCACGCUUGACUCGCGUAGCGCACAUGGACUAUGACAACACCGCCUUCCUUUGACCAGUUCUACACCUCUCAAGGGGACGUAAACAUGCCCUCUCAACAAAACUCGUUCGACCAGUACACGGCCAACGCCUUCGCGUCCGCGUCUGGAGCCGAGCAUCAAUUUGGUGCAAUAUACGCCCAGCAGCUCGGAGACGAACCAGCAUCCCUCGGCGUUGACGAGUCGGCGCAUACGCUCAAUCACCGCUCGAGCCACGAAGGCCUCCGGCCUCACUACGGUCUGGGAGAUCCACGAGCUGACGUCGAGCGCAAGGACAGCGUACCGUUUGACCCCACGUCGAGCAGCACACUCAUUGCGUCUGCUUCCAACACGCCCUCCAAGUCGUUCGUUCAUCAGCAACACCAUCACCAGCAGCAGCAUUACAGCCAGUUUGACAAUGGUGGAUCGUUAAGCUUCACCCCGCACAGUCACGCGAUGUCGCCCCAGCCGUCAGAGAUGGUGUCGCCACCGCAGCAGCCAGAUUUCUCGUUUCAGAACCAGGGCUUUUACCAAGACCCACAGGGCAUGGCUGGUACGACACAGACAAACGAGUGGGCGGGCACAAGCGACUUUCUCCAGCAGAAUGGCGGCGACCCCGAUUCGGACAGCCGCCGGGCCUCGUGGGGAGGGAGCCAGCACCUGGGCUAUGACGAGCAGCAGCAGCUUGACGAGAUCCAGCGCAUCAUAUCGAACGCCUCAUCCCACGCGGGCACACCCGCUCCUGGAUCUCGUGUUGCGUCGCCGUUCCUUCCCCCCGACCAUCAAAACCUCGGACACGUCAGGCAUGACUCGACAUCCAGCGCCGCUCGUUCUCCUUCUCCAUUUGCCACCCCCGGCAGCAUGGCUGCGCCCUCGCCACCCGUGCUCCAAACCACGAGCGCCUCUGGAUCGCCUUCCUUCUCGAAGCCGCAGUCGCCACCUGCGCUCAUCAUUCCCAAUUCCGCUCCUUCACCUUCCUUCCCGUCAAUCUCGGCGGCGACAAACCCGACUCAGCACUCUGGGGGCGGUUCCAAGUUUGGCACCUCCCUCCUUCCUCCUGUCAACCCGCAGCUCGAACACCUCACCGGAAUGGCUGGUAUAAGCCCCAUUGCUCCUAACGUCGACGGCCCAAUGAUUACGAUUCAGCCCAGCACUCCGAUCUCUCCACUCAAGCAGCAUGCCAGCAUCUUUGACAAUGCUCUCCGUCGCGCCAGUGCCAACUGGCAGCAGCAAAACCAACAGAACCAGCAGCAUCAGAGCGUGGCCACUCACCAGCAGCAGCACCAACAGCAACAGCAGCAGCAGCAGCAGCAGCAGCAGCAGCAUCAGCAUCAGCAGCAGCACCAACUCCAGAAUCAGCAGCAGCAGCAGCACCAUCAGCAGUCUGCCGUCUCGAACGGUAUGCCCUCUCCCAGCAUGAGCCAGCACGCGUUGGAGCAGGACAACGCAGUGUUCGCCAAUGACCCUCAGUGGAACGGCGUAGACUUUGGUGGUCUCGCUGUCCAGGGGCAGAUGCGCUCGCGCUCCAAGUCUGAGUCAUACAUGACUGAUGGGGGAGCAUUUGAUCGCCAGGCCACAACUCAACUCAUGGGCGGUCCCAUGGCCCAGUUCUUCCAGCACCACCUACAGCAGCCGCAGCAACAGGAGGGUAUGGGCACCAGCGACCAGUGGGGCGACAUUAACGCGUGGCGAGCCGGCACCGGCAUCACCACGUUGAAUCCGCGCGAUCUGUCGGGAAACGAAGCGGCCAAUCUCCAAAACCAGUUGCGCAGUUUAGAGGCUGAGCAGAGAGCCCGCCUUCAGCAAAUCAACACCAUCGACAUGAGCGGCGGUGGAGUUUUCCGGUACGACCCCAACGAGAUCUCACCCACGUCGGCGGCGUUCUACGCGUCCUUGCCGGUUCACACGCAAAGCUCGACGCUUCAGGCUCCUAGUGGCGGCAUCCGCAGACGGUCUUUCGGCGACGGCACUCACCCCGCGGCUGGCGCAGGCACCCCUGGUUACGGUGUUGAGUUUUCAAUGCCUGGAGUCAACACGCCUCCUGGCCGCAUUCGUGGCGGAUCUUUCAACAUGGGUCACCAUCGUCAAGUGCGAAGCGAGGACUUCUCUCGGGGCGGCUGGGGCAUUGGACAGCCUGGGGCGUCGACCGCUGCCUUCAUGCAGGCGAUGACUAAUCCCAACGAUGGAACACUUCUUCCUCCAAUGAACCGCGGCCGGUCGAUGUCUCAUUCACGUCAUUCGUCGGCCUCAAGUGUGCGGUCGCCGUCGCCUGCUCUCUCGAUCUCGUCACAGGGCUCGUCUUAUUCCCACCACUCACACAUGGAAAUGCCCGAUGGCGUGCCGUCCGAGCUUUUCGCUGCCGCAGGCAGCGUUCCCAGGAUGAGGGUGACGAGUCUGGCCACGGAGGUGGCGAGUCAGAACCGUCGCACUCAGGACGGUAUCUUCAAGUGUCCAAUUCCGGGAUGCGGGUCGACUUUUACACGCCACUUCAACCUCAAGGGCCACUUGCGUAGCCACAACGACGAGCGACCCUACAAGUGCUUGUACGAUGGCUGUCCAAAAGCGACGGUCGGCUUCGCCCGCCAGCAUGACUGCAAGCGUCACAUGCUGCUACACGAAGGCCUCAGACCUUUCGAGUGCGAGGGGUGUGGGAAAAAGUUUGCGCGUCUCGACGCUCUCACCCGCCACCAUAAAUCUGAGCAAGGCCAGGAGUGUGCAAUAUCACACCCGCUCCCGACAAACCCGGACGGUUCUGCCAUGUCGGAAUCGCAAUACAAAGCGUACCGACUGCAGCAGAUGAAGGAUAAGGGUGGCGCGUCCGCGGGCGGAUCUUCACGUGGAGGCCGACGCAGUGGCGGCGUCAGUGGCGACGUUAGUGCAGAUGAGCGCGAGCCCAUGGACGUGCUCAAAGCAGAGGGAUAGCGAUGACGCGGCGGGUGCGCCUCUCCAACACGCGUCACUUGCACCCGCCGCCUCUCUGUCCCUGCCACACGAAUAGCGACGACAAUUCGAUUGCAGUGUUCUAGCAG